AUGACGGGGAGGGCGUCACCUGUCCUUUGGCUCCUGCUGCUGCUGUGGGGAGGCAUGUCCGCUCCGUCCUCGCCCUCGCCGCCCGCCGGGCUCCUGGGGAGGGUAUUCCGGUACAUCGACCGCCAUCAGGAUGAGUUCGUGCAGACCCUUAGAGAGUGGGUGGCCAUCGAGAGCGACUCGAUCCAGCCUGUGCCCCGCCUCAGACAGGAGCUGCUCAGAAUGAUGACGCUGGCUGCGGACCAGCUCCGGUGCCUGGGUGCCAGCGUGGACUCCGUGGACAUGGGCUCCCAGAAGCUGCCUGACGGUGACACUCUCCCGAUGCCUCCUGUCCUCCUGGCGGAACUGGGGAGCGAUCCACAGAAACCCACCGUGUGCUUCUACGGCCACGUGGAUGUGCAGCCCGCGAGACAGGAAGACGGGUGGCUCACUGACCCUUACACGCUGACGGAAGUGGACGGAAAACUUUACGGACGAGGAGCGACCGACAACAAAGGUCCUGUUUUGGCGUGGAUCAAUGCCGUGAGCGCCUUCCGAGCCUUGCAGGAAGACAUGCCCGUGAAUGUCAAGUUCAUUGUUGAAGGGAUGGAGGAAGCGGGCUCUCCCGCCCUGGAGGAGCUCGUCCGAAGGGAAAAGGACCGGUUCUUCUCCAGCGUGGACUACAUCGUCAUCUCGGACAAUCUGUGGAUCAGCCCGAGGAAGCCGGCCCUCAUAUAUGGGACACGCGGGAACAGCUACUUCACCGUGGAGGUGAAAUGCAGAGAUCAAGAUUUUCACUCGGGAACCUUUGGCGGCAUCCUCAAUGAGCCGAUGGCGGAUCUGGUCGCUCUUCUUGGUAGCCUCGUGGACGCGUCUGGUCGCAUUCUGGUUCCGGGGAUCUAUGACCACGUGGCCCCUGUGACAGACAAGGAGAGAGAGGCGUACGAAGCCAUCGACCUGGACCUGGAAGAGUACCGGAGCAGCAGCCGGGUCGAGAAGUUUCUGUUUGACACCAAGGAGGAAAUUCUAAUGCACCUGUGGAGGUACCCCUCCCUUUCCAUUCACGGGAUCGAGGGCGCGUUUGACGAGCCUGGAGCUAAAACAGUCAUCCCUGGCCGAGUUAUAGGAAAAUUUUCCAUCCGUCUAGUCCCUCACAUGAACAUACCUGUGGUGGAAAAACAGGUAAAGCAGCAUCUCCAGCAGAUAUUCUCCAAAAGAAAUUCUUCCAACCAGAUGGCCAUUUCAAGGACACUAGGACUGCACCCAUGGGUCGCAGACGUUAAAGAGCAUCAGUAUCGUGCGGCGAAAAGAGCCAUCAAAACAGUGUUUGGAACAGAGCCAGAUAUGAUCCGGGAUGGAUCGACCAUACCGAUUGCCAAGAUAUUCCAGGACGUCAUCCAGAAGAGUGUGCUGAUGCUCCCGCUGGGCGCCGUGGAUGACGGCGAGCACUCUCAGAACGAGAAGAUCAACAGGUGGAAUUACAUAGAGGGAUCCAAAUUAUUCGCUGCCUUUUUCCUAGAGAUGGCUAAGCUGCACCAAUAAUGGUCAGACCCUUCCAGCUUAGUCUGACCCGCUGACAGACCCCCUCCCAUGCCCCUGCACAGGGAUUGAAUCUAAAUGGCCAGAGAAGUUUGGUCCAGGAUACAAUGUUUUCCCUCCCAUUUAAAAUAUCUUCGGACAUUUGGACUGGUUAUAAGAUACUUUAAAGGUACAGCCAAUUGAAACGGCUUCUAAAGUCACUGCCACCUUCAACACCUUGAUGACCCCACGCUCUGCUGCAGUAGCCCCCGACCGCACUUAUUCUGUCCUUCGGGCACAAGGACAAUUCCUCAAUUAGCCUGUCCCCUGGCAAUCUGAUUGGCGUAGUCGCUCUAGCUUGCUUUCUGGGUCCGGAGGCGCUCGGGACACGUAAUCAAUCACUCCCUCCCACGACUGCCCGUGCUCACAUCACCCCUGCUUUCCCCACGUCUUCCUCGAAUCUUACUAACAAAAAUGCUGGGCCCCUCCACAGAUCUCCAUGCUCGCCCCGUGGGCUCACCUUGAGCGGGGCAUGACGCCACGUUAACCUCUUGCUUCCCCUUCAUUUAUUUUUCCUGCUUCUGAAAAAUCCCGAAACGGAAAUGGUCCAUAUUCACAGCCCCGUGCCACCAGGGGAUUGCUUGUGCGAAGACGAGGACGUUCUUAUUCCAAGCCUCUUUAGCUCUGCAGUGAUAAACGCCCACCGACCUCC